AUGAGUAUUCUCUAUAUCAUACUCACCUUCAUAUCAUUCUCAGUACUCCUUCUCUUCCUAACCUUCUGUUUUCUCAUACUUAGAAUCUUCACAGGCAAGUCCAUCAGAAACCCAAUUUACCCUCCUGUAAAAGGAACCGUCUUCGACCAGCUCUUCUACUUCAACAGUCUCUAUGACUACCAAACGGAAAUCGCCAAAGAACACCCAACUGUUCGGUUUCUUGCCCCUGAGCAAAGUGAAGUAUAUACGACUAACACACGAAACAUUGAGCAUGUUCUGAAAACCAACUUUUCCAAGUACUCAAAAGGGAAGUAUAACCAAGAUAUUGUGUCUGAUAUUUUUGGCCAAGGGAUAUUUGUUGUUGAUGGAGAAAAGUGGAAGCAACAGAGGAAGCUGGCGAGCUUCGAGUUUUCGACAAGAGUUCUUAGAGAUUUCAGCUGUUCUGUGUUUAGAAGAAAUGCUGCUAAACUGGUUAGAGCUGUGUUUGAGAUUUCAGGUGCCACUAAAAGUUUUGAUAUGCAAGAUAUUCUUAUGAGAUGUACCUUAGAUUCUAUAUUCAAAGUUGGGUUUGGAAUAGACCUGAAUUGCUUGGAGGGGUCAAGCAAAGAAGGGACUGCAUUUAUGAAGGCCUUUGAUGAUUCAACUGCUCUGGCCUAUUGGCGCUAUGUUGAUCCAUUCUGGAAAUUGAAAAGGUUUCUUAACAUUGGUUCCGAAGCCACGCUUAGAAAAAAUGUCAAAGUCAUUGAUGAUUUUGUCCACCAACUUAUCAGGAGCAAGAGGAAAUUGCUAGCAGGGCAAAAGGAUCCUAACGACAAGGAGGACAUACUGUCAAGGUUUCUGUUGGAGGGCGAAAAGGAUCCGGAGGAAAUGAAUGACACAUAUCUAAGGGACAUAAUUCUGAAUUUUAUGAUUGCUGGCAAAGAUACCAGUGCAAAUACACUCUCAUGGUUCUUGUACAUGCUCUGCAAGAACCCUCUGAUACAAGAAAAAGUUGCACAAGAAGUGAGGGAUGUUGUUGGUGGUCAGGUUGGUGACCCUGAUGAACUUGUGGCCAAUAUAACUGAUGCAGCUCUUGAAAAAAUGCAUUAUCUUCACGCGGCAAUAACAGAAACUUUGAGGCUAUACCCUGCAGUUCCUGUGGAUGGGAGAUGUGCAGAGAUAGAUGACAUUCUUCCUGAUGGCUUUAGAUUGAAAAAAGGAGAUGGAAUAUACUACAUGGCCUAUGCCAUGGGCAGAAUGCCUUAUAUUUGGGGAGAAGAUGCCGAGGAUUUCCAGCCUGAAAGAUGGCUCAAGAAUGGAGUUUUCCAGCCUGAAUCGCCGUUCAAAUUUGUCGCAUUUCACGCAGGUCCUCGGAUAUGUCUAGGGAAAGACUUUGCUUACCGGCAGAUGAAGAUAGUAUCGACGGCUCUUCUUUCCUUCUUCCGCUUCAAAUUGGCCGAUGAAACAAAAACUGUAACCUAUAAGACCAUGUUCACCCUUCACAUGGAUGGAGGUCUCCCUCUGCGUGCAGUUGCAAGGACAGCCUCAUAA